GGGCCGGCGUCUUAAAAGUAACCACAUGUUGAUCUCCCAAUGGCCCGUAAAAACCCCACAUUUCCGUAUCUUUGACGUGCUGUUGCUCGAAGAAAUCUUAAAUGUCAAAAUUCGAUAUCCCCCGCUUUACCAAGGCUCUGGUUCUUCGCAAAUCCGCGACGCUGCAGAGUCCGGUGUACAAUGAUGCAAAGAUAGAGCUGAGAGAAAUUCCACCUCUUAGGGCUAGCGAAGUAUUGGUAAAGGUCGGGGCAGCUGCGUUUAACCACAGAGAGCUAUGGAUUCGUAAAGGAUUGUAUCCGAACAUUGCAUUUGGGAGCGUCUUUGGCGCUGAUGGCGCAGGUGUCGUUGUGGCAUCUGGCCAACCCAAGGAUUCACUUCUCAAUACUCGCGUUUUCAUGUCGCCCAUGGUCGGUUGGGCAAAGAGUCUCGAUGGGCCAGAGUCUCCGAAAUUUGGCGUCGUAGGAGGUGUCGUUUAUCCUCCCCUCGGAUACUUUGCCAACUAUGUCGUCAUCGACAGGUCGCUGGUGAUUAAAUCUGCCAGCCACCUCGACGACGUUCACAUGGCUGCAUGGCCCUUGGCUGGUCUCACAGCUUGGAGGGCGAUAACGACCUGCGCUGGUGUCCAAUCUGACCACAAUAUCUUGAUAACGGGCAUAGGUGGUGGUGUGGCUCUUGUGGCUCUUCAGUUAUGCGUCGCCAAAGGCGCACAUGUCUAUGUGACAAGCGGUAGCCAGGAAAAGAUCAACAAAGCCAUUGUUCUGGGCGCCGAAGGAGGCGCAAACUACAAAGAUGAUGACUGGCCUACUCAACUUUCUCAAGCUUUGAAGAAAGUCCGGGGCAAAGACGUCUUUGACUCGGUCAUUGAUUCUGGUGGAGGCGACAUUAUGUCUCGAGUCAGCGGGUGCCUCAAACGAGGUGGGAAGGUUGUCUGCUAUGGCAUGACGGCUAACCCAAAGAUAACGUUCACAAUGAGAGAAGUGAUGCGAAACCAGCAUCUCAUUGGAACCAUGAUGGGCUCGCUGCAGGACAUGAGAGACGCGACCGCGUUCCUGGAGGAGCACCGUAUCGUGCCCGUGGUUUCUCAUGUGCUCGAAGGUCUGGAAUCCGCAGAGGAGGGAUUUGAGAUACUGAAGAGAGGAGACCAAUUCGGCAAGGUAGUUAUUAGAAUUGACGAGAAGAGACCAGGGAAGCUGUAACUGAAUAUAUCAAGGAACUGUUUACCGGCAUUAAUCCAUGUCGGAUCCCGAGGUGGCAUGCAGAGAAACAGAGGACAAAUCCGCCCUGUUGCCGCCCCUCAUAUUUUUA